AUGGGUGCCAGCAACUCCAAGCAAGACGCUCGAGGCGGUUACGAGUGGAAGACCUCAGGCCCGCCCAACGUCUCCCUCGAUGUCCUCGAGUCCCUGCAAACGAGCCCUGAGACCGACGCCUCGCGCGCCAAGCUGAUGGAGCAGCACGUCCAAGCUCGUGUCGCCGAGGAACUGAAGAAGCUGCAGCGGCUCGAAUCCGAGGCCCUCCGACUCGCCCACGAGAAGAUUGCCUCGCAGGCCACAGGUGAGGACGCGACGGGCCCCAGCCGGCACACGGUUAGCAAGGAGGUCGAGGAGCUGCGGCACAAGCUCGAGGGGCGCAAACAGCUGCGCGCGCUGCCGGAUGGCGUCGAGAGUGCCCGGAGCGAGGUGACCCGCUGUCUGCGCGAAAACGACCGGCGGCCGCUCGACUGCUGGCAGGAGGUGGAAAAGUUCAAGGCCGAGGUCAAGAAGCUGGAGAGGGGGUGGGUAGACAAGGUUAUAUCAUAG